GCCGAUGGGCUUUGCCAUCUCGCGGCUGAAGAAGGAACAGAGAAAGGUUUCCAAAGCCAAGUGCAUAGCUCAUAGGUGAUAGCCUGCAUCGGUGUGAUUGUACUUCUUGUGUUUUCGUUUAUACAAAGACACACCUAAUCAAAAAAAACGCUGUUGUUGUGCGAAACCGUGGACCGGACAAUGUCCGAAAAGAUGCAGGCCAGUGUGAAGAGCCCGAAAUGCCGGUGAAAACGAGACGGAGACUUGCCGUGCACACAUUCUUUAUAGAUCAUUUCAAAAUGGAGUAUGUGAAACACUGGUAGUUAUAUUCCGAUAGUUCGGUGUUGUGUUUGUUGUGGGAAGGAAGCCGCAGCUAGGUCCACCCCGCGGACCCGGAAAAUCGUUGCUAUAGUCGCGUGCGGAGCCUUAGGUCGCAUUUUCCAUCGCCGAAUAGCCCUUAAUGUUUUUGUUUGCUCAUACCAAGAUGCUUUAUAUAUAAAACGAAUGACCUCUGACCAAUCAUCAUUCUUCAUCAUACCAUCGAUGUAAAGUAAUGCGGAGUAUUGUGCACGCCUGUGGCAUGCACGAGGUGUCUUCAUGGUGGUAAGGACCGGCUCCAAUGCCGUGGUAGCCGUGGCGUUGUUCUGGUUUAUAGUUUUGGUGGGGUCAUGGGGGCCCGUCAACGGGGGCAUCCUGUUGGCUCAGUACCCGGGCCCCGCCUCAGAUCCUUUGCACUUUUCCCACUUGGUGGUGGAUCAAAUGACCGGCAAAAUCUACGCCGCUGCCACCAAUCGGCUCCUGCAGCUGGACGCGAACCUCGACCUGGAGACCCAGGUCGUGACGGGUCCGAAAAAUGACAGUCCGAUGUGCCACGCGACAGGCUGUUCGGACGGUAUCACCCCGUCCCCUAUGGACAAUUUCAACAAGAUCUUGCUCAUCGAGCCGGAAAACCGGACCAUCAUCUCAUGCGGAUCUUUGAGUCAGGGCUCGUGCUACAAGUACAUGCUGAACAACAUCAGCGGACCUUCUGAAUUCAUACCGUUGGCAAUCGCAGCAAAUGACCCUGUCGCCUCGACAUAUGCUUACAUCGGUCCGAGAAGGUACAACCAAUGGGCCGGAACGAAUAUUAUGUAUGUGGGUACCACUUUCACCAGUAACGGGGAUUACAGGCACGAUGUGCCAGCUAUCUCGAGCCGGAUGCUGAAUACCUUGGAUUACUCAGAAUACGAAUUCAGCAAGCAGUCUUUGAUUAAUAUAGACGUUAAAUACAGAGACCACUUCCUUAUCCAAUACGUCUAUGGUUUCAAUGCUACUGACUACGCGUACUUCGUGAUUGUGCAGAAGCAAUCGCAUCUUCCAGGCCAAGAAGAACAAGGGUAUGUUUCCAGGCUAGCACGCAUCUGCACGAAUGAUGAAAACUACAACACCUACACCGAAGUAACUCUGCAAUGCGCGAACGGUGAACAGAAAUACAAUCUGGUGCAAGACGCCAAAUUAGCUACAGCUGGCAGUGCGAUGGCUUCGGCAAUUGGUGUGCAAGAAGGCGCCUUGGUGUUGGUUGCGGUCUUCCGACCGGCCAAGGGCAUCACCAAUGAACCCCAAUCCCAGUCCGCAUUAUGCUUUUACCCCUUACGCGACAUCGAGGCAAAAUUCAAUGAGAACAUUCACAUGUGCUUCAACGGCAGCGUUAAGUAUCGCAACAUGGGAUACGUUUCCGGACCUAUACAGGACGGCAAAUGUCCGAGCGCCGGAAACGCCGGCAAUGUUCCUAGCUUCUGCGAUGCCGGCUUGAAAAUCUCUGGCGCCACUCCGAUCGUCAGCAAUGCUGCUCUCACCUUCAACACAUCGCUUUCGUCCGUCUCAACCGCUUCCACCGGCCAUCAUGUCCUUGCCUUUUUAGGUACUAUGGAUGGUCGAAUAAAAAAGGUCAUACUUUCAGCGCCGACGCCGGCUGAAUACGAAGAGGUUCUCGUUGAUCCCGGUAAAGCAAUCCUACCAGAUACUGCUCUUUCGCCCAACGGCAAUUACUUAUACGUCCUAUCUACCUCUAAGAUCUCAAAAAUAAAAGUAGAACAUUGUAGCAGUUACACGAAUUGUUCCUCAUGUUUAGAAUCGAAAGAUCCUUAUUGUGGUUGGUGUUCUUUAGAAAAAAGGUGCACUAUCAGAGGCGCCUGCCAGAAAGCCUCACACAGCUCUCCUAGAUGGUUGUCAUUGGGUACGGGUCAGCAAUGCAUCGACUUCGAGCAAGUGCUACCAGAUCGCAUUCCUUCGAAUCAAAUGACUACGGUCCGCUUGACAAUCCGAACGUUGCCGGAAUUACCAUCAGGUGCAAAGUAUAAGUGCGUCUUUGGCGAUGCAGAACCUAUCGACGCGAUUGUCGCCGAAUUCGGAUUAUCCUGUCCAACUCCGGACAUUAAUUCUCGACCACCCAUUCCAACCAAGCAGGAUCACGUUUUGGUUCCUCUUAGCGUGCGUUCUUCCGAAACCAACAAGGAUUUCGUUUCCAGAAAUUUUGCUUACUACGAUUGUUCCAAGCAUCUUACGUGCAUGGAUUGUGUCCAGUCACAAUGGGCUUGCAAUUGGUGCGUUUACGAAAAUAAGUGCACCCAUAAUACCUCAACAUGUCAGCGAUCAAUAAUCAGCGGAGAAAAUAACCAUAUGCCCUUAUCGAAUCAUGGAGUAACUUUCUGUCCACGCUUUAAGCGGAAAGAUAUUAUCUUUUUACCAAACAAUGUUCCUAAGGAGAUGGUUUUUGAGGUGGAGAACUUGCCUCAUCCGCAGGCUGACCACACAGGUUUUCAGUGCAUCACAAAUAUUGAAGACGCGAAGAUGUUGGUACCUGCUAGGGUCGAUGCGAAUCGGUUCAUUGUCUGUGAAAAGCGAAUUUAUUCGUAUGAAGCAAAUACAGGUGAAUACGAAGCUAGCGUAAAAGUUGUUUGGAAUAGAAACCAUCACAUUGAUUCUAUGAAUGUUGUGUUGUAUAAAUGUGAUAUUUUGGGUUCUCACCGUGAGCACGCAGAUUGUUCACUAUGCGUUACACGAAAUUCAAAAUACCAUUGUACUUGGUGCGGCAAUACAUGUAGUUACAGUGAAACAUGCCAGCUUUCCCAUGUGGAAUGCCCGAAACCUAGGAUUGAUAUGAUCAAACCUUUGAGCGGACCGAUAGAAGGGGGUACUAUUGUUACCAUCGAAGGCAGCAACUUAGGCGUAAAGUCAGAUGAUGUGAAAGGUAAAAUACGUAUAGGGAAUGUGCCGUGUACAUUGAUUGCGUACGAUAUAUCAGUGCGUAUUCAAUGCACUACUGGACCAUCUUCAAUGGAAACUACAGCGCCAAUUAUAGUCGGGAACGAAGCCGGCUACACAGAAUCAUCUGUAGAGUUUAGUUACAAAGAUAUCAGACUCAUUAGUGUCUAUCCUUCCAUCGGCCCUCAGUCGGGCGGUACUCAAUUAGCAAUCACUGGUCAAUACUUAAAUAUAGGAUCUGAAAUCACCGCGUAUUUAGAUGAUCAUAUAUGUGAAGUGAAUCUCACCCAAGCAUCAUCUUCUCGUCUCACAUGCAUCACCUCAAAAGCAUCCCGUCCUACAAACAUAGCCAGAAUCACCCUUAGCAUAGAUGGCGCCAAUAGAACCUUGGAAGGUAACCCUUUCAACUACACUCAGGACCCCACUAUAAUGGAAAUUAAACCAUUAUGGAGUUUUGCAUCUGGGGGUAGAAUGAUAUUUGUGCAUGGCUCAAACUUGGAUAGUAUUCAGAAACCAGAAAUGGAAGUCUACUCUGUCAACGAACCAGUUCCGAUAAACAAAACAACUUGCAAGGUUUUAAGUGCAAAGCAAAUGGAAUGUCCCAGUCCAGCAGUUAAUACGCAAUUCCACUUGGAGAGUCAUCGAGUCACGAGAUCGCUGUACAAGCACCCGAACAUGGGUAAUAAGAAUAUACCGGAGUCGACGAUCUCGCUACGCAUAGGCUUCGUCAUGGACAAUGUGAUGUCUGUGAAAAAUUUAGAUAAGUAUUUCGAAACGAUCAAGUCACAGCUAUUCUACGUGAACGAUCCCAAGUUCUUCGAGUUCCCGAAUAAAGUUAAACUGUACAAAGGCGACACUUUGGUUAUUGAAGGUGAGAACCUGAACGUAGCCAGUGAUGAGACUGACGUCGUCGUAACGAUCGGUUCGAGAGCCUGUAACGUUACAAGUCUAGCAAUGAGCCAACUGGUUUGUUCACCACCUGAACAUCAGCCACCUGAUACAGACGAGAAUGGAAUCAAGACUGAUAUUAAUCUGCCAUUGGUUGUAGUACGUGUUGGCCGCAGCCUUCGUUUUCCCAUCGGUUUUCUGCGUUACGACGUAUUGAAACCGUUUGCACUGCCUCCCGAAGCGAUUGCAAUGAUCACCGUCGGAGUCGUCAUGUUUAUUAUAUUUUUCAUGGGUAUAUUAUUUGUAUAUCGCCGGAAGUCGACGCAGGCAGAACGCGAGUACAAGCGUAUACAAAUUCAGAUGGAUACUCUCGAGAGCAACGUACGUUCCGAAUGUAAACAGGCCUUCGCCGAACUCCAAACCGAUAUGACCGACCUCACUGCCGAUUUAGAGAAUUCUGGAAUUCCAACAUUAGAACAUACUAGUUACACCAUGAAAGUAUUCUUCCCGGGGGUCAGCGACCAUCCGGUAUUAAACAGGCCGAAGAUGAUGCCAAACGGCCCACGAACAAAUUACGACACAGCCAUGUUCCAAUUUGAUACGCUUAUCAAUAAUAAACAUUUUCUACUUAGAUUUAUAGAGACCUUAGAAUGUCAAAAAACGUUUAAUAUACGCGAUAAAGUUAAUGUUGCAUCGUUGCUUAUGGUUGUCUUAAUGAAUAAAAUGGAGUAUGCUACUGAUAUUUUGAAAAGCUUAUUGAUGCGUUUAGUAGAGAAAAGUGUGAAUACAAAACAUCCUCAGUUGAUGUUACGACGGACAGAAAGCGUUGUGGAGAAAAUGUUGACAAAUUGGAUGGCGCUUUGCAUGUAUUCUUAUCUGAAGGAGUAUGCAGGUUCGUCAUUGUUCUUGUUGUUCAAAGCCAUUAAACAUCAAAUCGAGAAAGGAUUAGUUGAUGCGAUUACGCAUGAUGCUCGGUACUCCCUCUCGGAGGAGAGGCUGCUGCGAGAACAAAUCGAACACUCGUUUGUAACGUUACACCUUGUUCAAGAAGAUAUGGAUGAAAAGUUACAGUGUAAAGUAUUAGAUUGCGAUACGAUAAGUCAAGUUAAGUCCAAGAUAUUGGAUGCUCUCUAUAAAAACACCCCCUUCUCGCAGCGGCCUUCGAUUUAUGAAGUUGAUCUGGAGUGGCGACACGGCAGAGGUGGUCACCUAACGCUGCAAGAUGAAGACGUGACUACGAAAACCAUUAAUGGUUGGAAGAAGUUGAACACUUUGGCCCAUUAUGGUGUGAAAGAAAGUGCAGUCAUGUCUAUAAUUUCCAGACAGAACGACAGUUUUAGCAACUGUAAACAGAUUUGCCACACAUGCGUUGCUGGUAUCUACUACAACAACUCACAAUCUCCCAUAAUUACAACGAACGGUGAUAUCGAGACCGGAAUGAACAUGCGAAUCUAUCACCUCGUUAAGCCAAUGGAUGAUCACCAGAAUCCCAAUGGAAGGACUAGCGAAAGGACUCAUAAAGCAAUACCCGAAAUAUUUUUGACUAGGUUGUUAUCCACGAAGGGUACAAUCCAGAAGUUUGUAGACGAUUUCUUCUAUACUAUUCUGACGGCAAACGAGGCACUUCCGCCUGCAGUCAAGUGGCUGUUCGACUUGCUGGACGAGGCUGCUGACAAGCAUGACAUCCAAGACAUCGAAGUGAUACACGCAUGGAAAUCAAACAGUCUUCCACUUAGAUUCUGGGUGAAUUUUAUCAAAAAUCCCGACUUUAUUUUCGAUAUCAAUAAGACGGCAACGCUGGACUCCUGUCUCUCUGUUAUUGCGCAGACCUUUAUGGAUUCCUGUUCAACAACCGAACAUCGUUUAGGCAAGGACUCGCCCUCCAACAAGUUGCUGUUUGCGAAGGAUAUUCCUAGGUAUCGUGACAUGGUAGCCAAGUUCUAUAACAGCAUAGCGGAUCAAAAUGCAAUCAGCGAUCAAGAAAUGGUAUCGGCGAUGCAGCUAUUAUCCGUAGAGCAUGCAGACGAAUUCGACAAGGUAGCAGCUCUGAAAGAACUUUAUAUAUACGUUACUAAGUAUAAGGAACAGAUAAUCGAAGCGUUGGAUUGUGAUAUAAAUUGCCGCCGUCUGGAUUUAUCACACCGUCUAAGGAACGUCGCGUACACUCUGGGUGGAGAAGAAACGUCAGCAUGCUGACCAAACCAGUCACCUGAUCCCUCUCUACUCUGACAUCCAUAUUACGUAGUGCGGAGAGAUCAUAGCGAUGCUUCGAGUAAAAAUUUAAACCGUGCUCUUCUGUGAUAUUAGCGCAAGAUCAGGUGACUGUAUUCAAUGGACACGUUACUUAACCCUCCGUCGGCAGACUACAGAAGACUUAGACCUACUUAGGCGUACGCGCACAGGCGGGCCUGAAAAGCUUUAAUUAUUAAACGAGUCCAUAUUACAAUAUGCUUCUUCAAAAAGUAAUUUAGUAAAUUUUUGAUAGAAUGUUGUUCCUACGCUAUAUGUACAAUAUUAUAUAUAUUCAGGCGAUCCUGACGCUGUGCGUGUAUUGAGUACCUCUAAGUUUUCUACCUUGAGUGCCUCGCUAUUGCUGAUGGGACGUGUUUACUAAAAAUUUAUUAAAUUUAAAUGAAAAGAAUAUUUCUAUGUGUCACACAUGUCGACAGGGCACCGAGGGCAUCCCCAGAUUACGGCCCUAAGAGAAUAGCUUAGAUUUAGAGAGAAACAAAACAAAAUGAGAGGAAAGAAAUAUAAAUACAAACAAACAAAACAAAAAAAAACAACAUAUACAUUUCAUUGGCAAUGAUUAUUAUUUUAGCUUUAAUUAGUUAGUCUUAGAUUUACAUAAAUGUGAAGGCCUACGUACAUUCUCGUUUUGUCCUUUCGUUAUUAUUAUAUCGACUGAACGAAAGCAAACAAUUUAAAUAAAAAAAAAAUGAAGCAGCAUACUCGAAAAAGCACGUAAACGAACUCGGGUAGACAAAAUAAUGGCGGUUUUGCUUAAAAAAAUAUAUUAUGGUAUUUUUUAAUUUUUUUUUUCGUAUUUUAUUUCAACGUUUAGAUGGACGGUGGAAGUCCAAUUAGUGGAUGUGAGGCCGGAUCGCGACCAUUUAUUUAUUCCUUGAUUCCUUAGCUACUUUAAGCGUAUUAUUUAUAUACUUAUACGGUUUACAUAAUAUACUAUCCCUCAUUGCCAAUUAAAUGACUAUUUUGAUAUUUAUUAUAGCAGGAACUACAGUUUUGUGGUACUUUCACGUCCAGUGAUUUUUUGUAUUUUUGAAUCUUAUUAUCUUUUUUAAUUCCUUAUUUUUUUACUUACUCGGA